AUGGAGCAAAAUAUGCCAAUCAUAGCAAAAAAAUUCUGGAGCGUAGUCCGAGUUCUCUACUUCAUGCUGAGAAAAGGCAUCUCCAAAGCCAAGCUAUUAUCCGAUCUCAGCACGAUGCUGAAGCGCGGCAAAAUCGCCGGAAAAGCCGCCAUCCACAACCUGAUCUUCCACCACGCUGCCGCGGUCACCGCCGCCGCCUCCUCCCGCCGCCGGGAUCCGAUAAACGAGUACGAGUUCAGCUGCAGCAGCAGCCCGGCCUUCGCCUUCCCCUCCUUCCACCGCGGCAACGGCAAGCCGCCGCAGAUCGACGCCGAGAUGCUGGCGGCGGCGCUCGAGGUGUUCAGCAGCGCCGCCGCGUCGCCCGCGCUGCCCGGGUUCGGGCCGAGCCCGAUGGUGCGGCAGCUGCGGAUAACGGACUCGCCCUUCCCCAUGUGCGACGCCGCCGACGACAAUCAGCACGUCGAUGAGGCGGCGGAGAGGUUUAUUGUGAAGUUUUAUAGUGAUUUGAAGCGGCAGUGCUCCAAAUCGCCGUCGCCGUACUCUUGA